AUGGGGGCUGUAGUGUCCCGAACCCAAUUCUGCGCCUCCGUGCAACACGACGAAUCCUCGUCCUCGUAUCAGAUAUAUGUUCUUGGAGGGGCAGAUCUCAAAUCGAAAGACCCGAUUCUGGAUGUAAAUUACUUAUCAAUUCCAUCCUUCAAAUGGAAUUCUGCUGCUCCUCUCGACGACCCGCACAUGACACUCACAUGUGUGCCAAACGGGCGUCAGAUAUUUGGAAUUGGCGGAAGGCGUGCCUGGGCAGAUGACGGCAAUGCAGGCUGUUACGAUGCUCCGGCCUUCAUAUAUGACGCUCAAUCCGAGGCAACGCGAUCGAUGUUUGAUGUGAGCUAUUCCACCUGCUACGAAGCCGAGUUCAACAAAUUAAUAGCUCAGCAGCCCGCCCUAUCUUCGUUUUCCCCAUCUUCUUCGACGGCCAACGACAUCAAAGCCUCACCAUCUCCCUCAUCGUGGGCUGAUCCAGCCUUUAAAGCCCUCUUCGGCAAUCUUGACACGAAAACUAGUACUGCUACUGAUAAUACAACCGCCUCCCCAGCUACGCCACCGAAAUUAAACCCAUCCGACUCAGCGACCAGGGGUGUCAUCACUGGUGGGGUUGUCGGUGGCGUGGCUGGCCUAGCCCUGAUCAUAGGUCUGUUCUGGUUCUUCCUUGCAAGAAAUAAAAAGCAAAAGCAUGCGAGAUUUGGCGAGGUUGAGACCGUAACACGCCAAGUGCAGCCGAUGUCUGAACUUCCAGUGGGUGCCAGAGACGGGCGCUCUGAGUUGGGCGGGGGCACGUACAUGUACUCGGAACUUCCUGCAGGCAACAAAAGGGAGAUAUCAGAACUAGAUAGUGACCGGAAUGGGUAG